CUCCCCCAUGGAGCUUUAAAAGGCGAUUUGAAGCUAUGCAUGAGCGUGCAAUCAAGAAUCUGCAAAUUUGGACGAGGCUGUCGUUUUGCGCACAGUGAGACUGAACUGAACUCCUGGAAGAAACUCUUCGAAGAGAGACGGAAAGAAAUACAAACACCAGACAACAAACGAUCCCUAAAGCAUCAUGAGCUUCAGUUUACAGACUCCAUUCCAGGGAUUGAGCUUACAUGUAACCCCGUAGUCCCUAAUGUACAGCUUGCCGAGGACUGCGAAAACCAUUCUUACAGAUGGGAGUUCUGUGCUUGUUUUGAGAAAAAAUUAGGCCUUCCAGCCGCAGACCUACUGAAUUUCCCUCACAACUUCCAUUUUACGAAGGUCCAAGUCGUGGGAUUCGAUAGGAAUAACAAAGCUACUACUAUUUUGUCUAAAGAGCUGAUCAUGAAAGAGAUCCAUAUACCACGGGAGGCAUUGGUAUUUGAUUCGCAAAUGCAGAAAAUCGAAUUUCGUGUGAGCGUUGCCUUCCAAGCUUCAUUGUUUGGCAGCUUUUCUCAGCGUCUUCUGUUUAAUUUUGGUCAGCAACCUUUUCUUAAGAAAGAUUUUAACAUCGAUAUUGGCAGUAAGGAAACACUGGAGAAAUUGGCCGCUAGGAGAAAGACCGUCAUACUUGAUGCCCUACCUUKGGAAGAUCAAAAUAUGACACUCGUAAGAUUCGAACCCCAUCCAGAAAGAGAAAAGUUGAUGUCCACCUACUCUUUGCCUAAGGAUGCAGAGAGAAUUGUGUCAGCUCAGUUGGUUAAAGGGGAAGUCAGACAAGACACUUAUAAACAGACAAUGCACCAGCUCCUUUUUUCCGAAGAGGUUCAUAUGAGGAAACUUCUAUUAAGUCUUGCGCCAACGACUGCCGUAAAGCUCGAAAUCGUGACAACUAAACCAGAUCUCAGRUUCGGUGGUAUAAAGUUUGCRGGGACAGGUCAGCUGUUUGGAAAAAUAGAACUUGAAAACACCGAAAUCACACUCGAUGACAUGGCGGGAAGAGUAUGUCUGCGAAAUGUUCAGCACAUUUGGAUCCAAUCACGUGAUAARCCCAAAUGCCUUUACGAGUUGCCGAGCGAAAUUCACGAGGGCAAMACCAUUUAUGUGGAUUUGCCACCAAAGGUGUGCGAGGAUCUGAAGCUAAUCAAAGACAAAGKCGUUGAUGUUGAGAUGAGGUUCAAUCUAAACCGCUAUAUUCUUUGCAUGAUGCAUAAAGCCAUAGAYAGCCUUGGGAUUACGCAAGCACGGCAGCUUUUUCCCGUAGAACAAAGAGUCAUCAGAAGAAGAGAGGUGACAGAUUUUUUGGGGUGGUUCCUGGAUCAACGCCUUAACGAAUGCCAGAAACGCGUUAUUCACGCUAUCGCAGACGUUGUCCCCCCUUCUCCUCCACUUGUGGUGUUUGGACCCUUUGGGACAGGAAAGACCUUCACUUUGAACCAAGCGGUGAUAUACUUGAUGAAAGAGAAGGCAAAUCGCGUUCUUGUAUGCACACAUACAAAUUCAGCGGCUGACAUUCACGUGGAACGACUCGAUGAAUAUAUCCAAGGAAAUGGAAAGCUUUCGCGUGCAGCAAAACCUCUGCGCAUUUACAGCCCUGAAACAGAAUGGAGUAGGACUUCUGACRUUGGUCGGAAGUAUGCACUAGUGAAAGAUGGAGUUUUCGUAAUGCCAACUAGAAAGAAUGUCGUCGAUCAUCGUGUUGUCAUAACAACGCUUACAACUGCUGACCUGUUGACUAAGCUUAAUGUUCACCAUGGAUUUUUUACACAUAUCCUGAUAGACGAGGCUGCACAGGCUUGGGAAACAGAAGCACUGAUACCACUAGCCCUCGCUGGCCCCAACACGAAGAUUGUCUUCACUGGAGACCACAUGCAGAUGUCUCCUGAGGUAUAUUCAGAAUUUGCUCGUCAGUGCGGACUCCAGAAAUCACUUCCCGAACGCCUUUUUGACCAUUACCAGGAGAAAGAUAGCAAAGACGAUCAAGUGCUAUUUUUGUUCGAAAACUACCGCUCUCACGAGGAAAUACUUAACUUUCCUUCGGUGAACUGCUACGAAAAAGGCAUCGUCGCAAGAGGUAACAUUCCUGGCCAUCCUAAGAUACCGCCUUUGGUUUUCUACGCAGCCAAAGGCAAAGAUAAAAAGCAAAGCAACAACUCGUUCUUAAACGAAUCUGAAGUUUACGAGGUAGAGAAGCGAGUAGUUGAGCUGGUAGAAAACUGGCCACWGUGUUGGGGCCAGAAGAACCUASGAGACAUUGCAGUAGUUGCUCCCUACAAAUAUCAGGUGGACGCAAUUCGAGGUGAAUUGAGGAAAAAACGAAUGAGUGAAGUCRAUGUUCAAACGAUCCACAAUAUACAAGGAAGGGAAUUCAGAGCUGUGUUUAUCAGUACUGUGCGAACUUGGAAUUCCAUCCAAGACUUGAGCCAGUCUGACAAAUUGUCCUGUGACGAUCUAUCUCUGGAAUUUCUUUCUGAUCCGAAGCUGCUCAUAACUGCUGUUACACGAGCAAAGUCAUUGGUGGCUGUUGUUGGUGACCCUUUUGCCUUAUGCACCCUAGGAAGGUGUAAAUAUCUUUGGGACGAUUACAUCACAAGAUGCUACAAUCUUAACGGGUUAUUYGGAAUAACAUGGGAAGCCUUAAGUGAAGACAUAGGUGCCCAUUUCUCUCAAAUUCAACUGGAUCCAGAAGCUCCAACUUUUGUUCCUAAAUCAGAAAUUUCUAGGAAUGAUGAUGGAGAUGAGGCAAAUAURGAAUUUCCAAACAACACCGCCCCAAACCUGAGUGAACCAGAAACGGAGGAAGAUCAGGCAUCCUCUUGCUCUGGAGACAUUAAAUAUGAUACUGAAGACGAUGAUUGUUUUGCUGAUGUGGAAGACGAUUUAGAAGACGAGGCCGUGCUUCCAGAUAAUAUUGAUGGAAUAAUCAAAGAGCUAUGUAAAUUCGUUAAAAAACGCCAGCAGCAAACUGCUGUUAUGGAUGAGGAAUUUCCCGCCUUGGKCAAGUGCUCUUCAAAAGUUAAAGAAACUCAAGUUAUUUGGCCCUCGAAAAGGCCCACUCAGGACUUUGAUCCUAAAACACUGAAAAGCGAAUAUCGAAUUCGCAACAGGAAUGGGCGCACCGAAAUCCAGCUGUUGGAUAUAUACAAAAGCCCUUCAGAUCGAGUACAGCAGAUCGCCAUGAAUAACUACAAACAUCAAAACCUYGAGCCCGAGGUACUAAUAAAUAUGCUUGAAAAAGAACCUUUGAAAUUCUACUCUGGUCAGCUUCAGAUACSAAAUGAGAAAUCAAGGACAGCCUAUCUCGUUAUUCCUGACAAAGACAAACCUGAUAUACAAGUUAAGGGAUCAAUCAGACAUGCAUUUGAUCACGAUACUAUUGUAGUCGAAGUACAGCCAAGUCAGGACGAAACAGAAAGCAUAAGCUGUGGUUUCCUCAAAGGUGUGCUGGAUCACAUGAUUAGCCCUCGCGAACGGCAGUAUGUUUGCAAGGUCACUCUGAAAAAUCCUGCAGUCAUGAUUCCCAUUAACAAAUCAGUUACAAGAAUAGUAAACCUUAGUGAUAAGAGCCUCAGAGAUAUCAUACCGGUUUACAAAAAGCGCAAGACGCAAGACGAAAGAGUCGACAGACCAAUGAAUAUGAUAGCCUUAGAAGAGGUUAUAGAGAAGAAGCUUUUAUUUGUUGUCGAGUUUCUUCAGUGGAGAAGUGACUGCUCCCUUCCUCUGGGAAUUGCCGUAAGAACUAUGCCGACAGGGGAAACAGCAGAGCAAUGCAAAGAAAUCCUCUUUGCUGAAUGCGGCAUUCGCAAAGCCUUCAGUAGGAACAAUAAAGAGAUGAUACGCAAGCGUUUUCCAACAACAUGGAAAAUUCCAGACAAUGAAAUGAAGAACCGGAAGAAGAUUGAAAAUGCUUUUACUAUUGAUCCACCAGAAGCUAAAGACCUGGAUGAUGCCAUCUCAAUAGAUGAAAUUGGAGAUGGAAAGUUCAAGGUUGGGAUUCACAUCGCUGAUGUAAGCUUUUUUAUACAGCGUGGUACUGAUCUGGAUCGAGAAGCACGGCAAAGAGGAGUGUCAUAUUAUCCCGGUCAAGAUGGGGAAGAAAAUAUACCCAUGCUUCCACGUGAACUAAGUGAGAAUAUCCUUAGUCUCCUGCCAAAUGAGGACCGCUUGACUGUUUCAGUUUUUGUUAGUCUUAACAGUGAAGGCGAGGUCGUCGGCCAAAAAGAGAUUCUGAGAACUGUGACGCGUUCUCKCUGUAGGCUUAGCUACUCUCAAGCACAGCAGAUAUUAGAYRUGGAGGAGCAUGAUAAUGUAGAGGGCGUGCCUGCUCAAGURMYUCCAGCAAUUAAGARGCUUCAUUCACUUGUMGUGAAAAGGCGCUGGCAGCGUCUUAAAGAAGCAUCUUUUGAGGAUUCSAAUAACGGAGAAGAUGCARAUGCACACGAGCUAAUAGAAGAGCUCAUGAUUCUUGCCAAUCAUACAGUUGGGRACUUCCUGCAUAGYAGAAAUCCAAGGGGYACCCCAUUCCGUACACAACUAGAACCAAAGGUCCAUCGYCUCAAUGAAUGGGCAGAAAAGUAUGGCUCACUUGCCAAGUACUCUCCGGCUCUGCAGCCAAAACUUMAGAGCGAGGACAUCAAAAAGGAAAUCAAAGAAARAAUAWAUACAGAAGAAAAAGAAAUCGACAUUCAUGAACACACCUGGGACGAAAUAUUUAGAGCUUCAGAAUCUGGGGAUCUCAGAAGAGUGAAGCGUUUGAUUUGUGACCCGUCGUCUUCACCACAACUUACGAUAGCACGUCUGCAUCUCAUGCGAAUUCAGACCAAAUCUCAAUACACGUGCUCUGGAAGUGACGCUGAACAUUAUUCCCUAGGACUGAGUAACUACGUUCACUUCACCUCACCCAUCAGGCGCUACGUAGACAUUGUAGUCCACCGCCUUCUUUUAGCACUGAUACCAAGUAAUAGUGUGGAACAAGCCACUUUGAAUGAAGAUGAGAUGGCAACGCUCUGUCGCAGGUCCACAUACUUCAAAACCAACUCAGACAAAUUUGAGAAGGAAUUCAAACGCAUCCAUUUUGCUUCAACGUUGAAACAGAAAAACAAGUCUGGGAUGUUUUUUAUAGACCAGUUGGAGGGCCGUUUCUUCACGAUACAUCCAGUGAGUCCAGAUCACGAUUAUUUCUUGGGGAAGCACAAGAGGGUUAAUUUUGAUAUCCUUUUGCCUUCCUCUAAGUCAGACAACACUGAUGGCAAGCCAGAAACCACUCUCAAAUGGAGGUCGMGAAUAUACCUGGCACAUUCAUCGGGAACCGAAGCUGAUGAUUUGUCUCUCUCCCGUCGGGAUGAAGCCAAAAUCAAGAAUUUGUUAGAUAGCGGUAGAAACCGUGUCGCUCUUCAGAGGAUAAAGGGAAAUACCUGGAAGUGCAUUAUAGAUGCUAUYAAGGAUGGUAAACCAGUAGAUGAACUACUACGACAUGUAAAACUAGCUGACGAGAACUUGAAAGAAAGUCCUACUCAAAAGAGGCCUUUUACAGCCGGAAGCUCCAAUCGAGAUGUCUACAAGCAUCCUAACUUUGGCCGAAUGGAUGUUGGUACGAACAGCAACAAUGAUUGUCAUUUUCAUGAGAUAACUAUGAAUCUCAAGAUGUGUGACAUGGUUCGCUUUCAAAUGUUUUCACGUCUGCACAGUAAGAUGCUCUGUCCAGACGUUCAGCUUUUGAGAGUUUCAUCAGGUUUUUGUAUUUGCCUGGAGCAUCAAAGAUACCCUCGAAGGUGCUUUGCAUUCGAUACAAAACGGUGUGCCUCAAAAGCAGAAUAUUGCAGUGUUGAUGAGUACGUUAACUUAUGGAAACCAGUACUUGCCAUGGAAGCCGCAAAUGCAGCGGUUGUUCAGAAUGAUGGAUUUAUUCUGAAAUCUUUGCAAGUGAAGUGGAAACAAAAGGAUGGAGAUAUCAAGGGAAAGUUCACUCUGACGAUAUCUUAUUGUGAAUCUCGGCAAUUGGAGUUCCACUAUGGUGACCUCAUGUGCAUUAGAAUUCCAUUCUCGGACGACUUAUUGCCAGAAGAUGCUGAGGCAACAACUGACGAUCAAGAAAUCAGUAUUUGGGUAGGACAUUGUGUUAUUGAAGCUGUAGAACCAGCUGAGAAGGACCAAAAUGCAACAUCAGUGACUGUCAGACUUCAUCAAAUGGCAUGUGAAUUUCCUCGUCACCUUUUGACCAAAGGCCAACGGCGGGAGUGUGACAUGGAGUAUAUUUACCAGCCUCUGCCGUUAAGGCGGAUGAUUACAGCGUUGGAAUGCAAGUUGAAAAACUCGUCGGAACUUGUCAAAACAAUCUGCCUUGGACAAAGUCCUUCACAAGAAAGAUUUCCUCUUCCCGAACAAGAAUUAUCCCUUUCUGAUCAUUACAGAACGUCUGGAUUUAAACCACUGAAUGAUUAUCAAAAAGAUGCUGUACGUCAGGCUUUGUCAAGGCCUUUCUCGCUCAUUCAAGGUCCACCAGGGACCGGCAAAACAGUAACUGGAGUGCAUGUUGCAUAUUGGUUCGCAAAGCAAAAUGAAAAGCAGAAGCCAGCAGAGAAACAAAACAAGAAGUCAAAAAAGAAGGCAGCCAAGAUUAAGACAGAUCAUGAUAAGGAGGAAAAGGAGAAGGGACCACCACAGGUGCUUUACUGCGGCCCAUCCAACAAAUCAGUUGAUGUUGUCACAGAAUAUCUGCUUAAGAUUCCCGGAAUGAAGGGCAAGAUUCUUCGCGUGCACGGUACACUUAUAGAGGAAUCUGAGUAUCCCAUUCCCAACAAGAUUAAAGUUUCCAAACCCACUGCAAGUGAUGAUGAACUCAAGAUUCCAGAAGGCGAAGUUAAAGAAGUUUCUCUUCAUCAUUUCAUAAGGAGUGAGUUGUCUCCAUUCGCCACAAAACUAAGAGAGAAGGAGGAAGACUUUAAAGAAGCAAAGAAACGAAAAGAAAGACCCACUGAGAAAGAGGUUGCAGAAUAUUGUGAAAUAAUUGCAGAAGCUGAAGAAUGGGCAAUCACGAAGUCUGGCAGAGAAAUAAUACUCUGCACGUGUUCCCGAGCAGGCAGUAWRACRAUCACUGAAUUCUGYRAUAAUAUUCAGCAGUGUAUUAUCGAUGARUGUGGGAUGUSUACGGAACCAGAGGCUCUGGUCCCCAUGACGUCAUCCAAUGCUAAACAGUUCGUKCUGAUUGGUGACCACAAACAGCUGCARCCAAUCAUYACUGAUAGACGUGCCAAGAGUCUUCAGCUGGAUAUAUCAAUAUUUGAACGACUUGCCAAGCAAGCAUACAUGUUAARGAUACAAUACCGAAUGCAUCCAUCAAUCUGUGAGUUUCCCUCUAAGCAGUUUUACGAUGRCAUGCUAMAAACAUCUGACAUCGUGACGUCCCGCAACACAGCUAACGUGCAGAUCUGGCCUGCAUUGGGUACAAGAGUAUGUUUCUGCCACAUUGAAGGCGUAGAAGAAUCCUCUGUUAUAUCAACUGUUGACAGUGGAGCUGACUCUAAAUACAACAUGGACGAAGCCAAGAAAGCUGUCUAUCUGGCUAAAUACCUGGUUAACAGCCACAUACAACAGAUAAAAGAGAAGAAUGUAGUCAUCCUGACGCCAUACAGACAACAACGCAAAGUCAUUCAAGAUAUUCUGAAAGGAGCUGGCAAGGAUAUCCUUGUUACUACUAUCAUUAAAAGCCAAGGAAGUGAAUGGGACUAUGUAAUCCUGUCUCUKGUUCGUUCGCUUCCUGAACAAGAAUUAGAACCUGAACCAUCGUCAUCAUGGCUCGGUGAACAUCUUGGAUUCAUUUCGGAUGAACAUCAGAUUAACGUGGCCCUGACACGAGCUAAACAUGGACUUUUCAUCAUCGUUACUAUCGUAURACCCCAUCUGGCACAGYCUUAUACAGCACUGCGAAGAAAAAAAGUGCAUCGUUAGUAAAGCGUGGCCUUAGUAUUUGUAACUAUAUAUAAWGAAUACCAACAGUCAAUUCCACCAGGAAACAAAUAACCAUUACUAAGCAUCAUUUUAUGCUAUUUUUUAUUCUUUAUUUUUAUCUUUUUAAUUUCACAAAUCAUGCUUUUAUCAAAUCACUUAUGAAAUAAGUGGGGGGAAACACCGCGCUUAUUCGCUGGCUUCCAUCUAUUUUUCAUUUAUAACACUUUUUCUUAACGCCGAUGGAGAGGCGAAAGAGGACUCGAUCACGUCCCUUACGAUGCCUAACUCCUAAAUAGUCAUUAUACGCCUAAUAUCAAAAAACAGAAACAAAUUAAUAAGUUUUCAAAAGAUUUUAUAUCAAUUCAAUAUAAACGUCUGCUUGUGUGUCCUGUACUGACAUAAGACAUAAUAUAUACAAUUAAUUGCCUACGCUCUUGUUUCUAUAUAAGCUUGCUUCUCUCGUGCUCUUUUUUUUUUUUUUUUUUUUUUUUUUUUUUUGUCAUGUUAUGGUACAGAGACCCACGCGCCCUUUGUGUUCUUUUUAUUUUUUGUAUUCUUUUUAAAAGGAUAUUCGCGUACAAAUGAUGCAAAAUAAAUGUCGAAUUUCUGAAACUUUGCCAUCCUGUAAAACAACCGCGCCGACAAAUUUCACCCAAAAAACAGAGGAUCAAACGUGCAAUCCUGCAAAUAAAAUGACUUGGAAGUCGAUCAUUUYGCUACCUAUCGUGAGCUAUGUGAUGAGCCUUCAAGUGAUAAAAACAAAUAAUAGUUUCGUUGAAAAAAAUAAAACAAAAAGAAUUAGAACGCGAUGUUUUCCAGGUAAUAAUCUGUUUUCGAAAAGGUGCUUUUCAUCAAGCAUUAAUACUAAGAUUCUUUUUUGUUGGAAAAACAACAUACAUUUCGGAACAAAACUGCCCCUUUGUCGUUCUCGCUGGYCAAGAUGAAGCAGAAAAUGUCGCUUUUCUGUGCGAUAAAUGAAUGUYUUUAUUUUUCAUUUCUUAUUUUGAACGAAUGCAACUCUUUACCGUCGUUUGCAUUACUACGCGUCCGCCCCGGACACAAAUCGCGUCUGGGGUGGCCGCGUAGAAUGCAAAAGGCGGUAAGAUUUGUCUGAAAACCUCUGGAUGACUCGUUUCAAAAACUUUUCAAAAAAUUGACAUUUAUCUGUCAUUUGCCCGCGAAUUUACUUUAAGUGACUGUCUACUAUUGUUUGAACGUUCGAUUUGAGACUACGAGCAUACGUCUGAAUUGCCACUGUAAACUUUCCGAUUUUAAUGAGGACCUAUGCAUAUACACGUUUUGAACCUUAAGAGGAUAAAACCCCUAAGUUUUGCGUGGGGCCUUAUUAAAAAAGAUAUCGAAUUUGGAAAGUUAUUCGAUAGGGGUCUGAUUCUCCAGCAAUUUUGAUUAUUUUUGUCUUUCGAAAUUUUUUGCGCUUCAUGCUUCCUUGUUUUUGGGGUUUUUUCUUCAAACUAGUUACUGUACCAAGCUACUUUUCGUGUAAAUUUARAUAAUCUGCCAUACCAGAAAAAUACACAAAAAAUGAAUAAUUAAAAACAGAGCAAGCUAAAGUUUUAAUGUACAAAAUAUUUGUAAUCUAUUGGUUUUUAUACUGUGAACGAUAUUAUAAUCAUURCUGUCAUCACUUUAUUGCAAUCAAUAAAGGGCUUUUAACUUAGCGUGGUUUAUAAUACAAA